AUGAGGAUAAUUGUACUGAGAAUAAAGGAUUAUCAGUUAUAAAUUAAGUUAAAAAAGUGUCACAUAACUUUCCAGAAUGCUUAAACUAAAUAAAGAUCCCUAAUAGUAAGUCGGUAAUAAGUGUUCACUUUUAAGCUGUGGCCACUCAUACAUGAAGUGAAUUAUCAACCCACUUAGUAGUUGAAAUUUAACAAGAAGAUUUUGAUAGAUAAUAUUCAAGAAAAUAGAAGCAUCAAACCUUAAAAGUCUAGAUUGUAACAGAAGGGUUAGGCAGUUUUAGUAUUGAUUUAAAUAGAAGAUCAGAAGUAGACACAAAUAGAUGAAAUCCAAGUAGCAUCAAGUUAAGGAUUUGAGCAAUCAUAUAAAAAAUAGUUCAAUUGAC